AGCAGGGCAGCUCCGGGCACUGGGGUUAGGUUGGGGGCCACUCAUCAGGUGCCUGGUUGUUUUGUUUUUUGCAUUGCACCCUCCUCUCCAUCCCUGGAAGAAAAGGAUAAGCUUUGGGCCAUGAGGCUGGCCCUGCUGCUGGUGUUUGUCUCCGUCCUUCCCGGCGGUGCUGUGCAGCUACUGGACACUAGGCAAUUUUUAAUUUACAAUGAAGAUCACAAGCGCUGUGUGGAAGCAGUGAGUCCCAGCUCAGUGCAAACUGCAGUUUGCAAUCAGGAUGCUGAAUCCCAGAAAUUCCGAUGGGUGUCUGAUUCCCAGGUUAUGAGCGUUGCCUUUAAACUUUGCCUGGGAGUGCCAUCAAAAACCGACUGGGUUCCUGUCACGCUAUAUGCCUGUGACCUGAGAAGUGAAUUCCAGAAGUGGGAGUGCAAAAAUGACACGCUUUUCGGAAUCAAGGGAGAAGAUUUAUAUUUUAACUAUGGCAAUAAACAAGAAAAGAACAUUAUGCUCUAUAAGGGAUCUGGUUUAUGGAGCAGGUGGAAGAUUUAUGGAACCACGGAUGAUUUAUGCUCUAGAGGUUAUGAAGCCAUGUACACGCUGCUGGGCAACGCGAACGGGGCCACCUGUGCGUUUCCGUUCAAGUUUGAGAACAAGUGGUACGCGGAUUGCACCAGCGCCGGGCGCUCGGACGGGUGGCUCUGGUGCGGAACCACCACGGACUACGACGCAGAUAAGCUAUUUGGGUACUGCCCUUUGAAAUUUGAGGGCAGUGAAAGCUUGUGGAAUAAGGAUCCGUUGACAAGCAUUUCCUACCAGAUAAACUCCAAGUCUGCUUUGACGUGGCAUCAGGCGAGGAAGAGCUGCCAACAACAGAAUGCUGAACUCCUGAGCAUCACCGAGGUCCAUGAGCAGACCUACCUGACAGGAUUAACCAGCUCUUUGACUUCAGGACUCUGGAUUGGACUUAACAGCCUGAGUUUCAACAGUGGUUGGCAGUGGAGUGGGGGCAGUCCAUUCCGGUAUUUGAACUGGCUACCAGGAAGUCCAUCAACUGAACCUGGAAAAAGCUGUGUGUCACUAAAUCCCGGAAAAAAUGCAAAAUGGGAAAAUCUGGAAUGUGUUCAGAAACUAGGCUAUAUUUGCAAGAAGGGCAACAGUACUUUGAAUUCUUUUGUUAUUCCCUCAGAAAGUGAUGUGCCUACUAACUGUCCUUCUCACUGGUGGCCCUAUGCGGGAUACUGUUACAAGAUUCAUAGAGAGGAGAAGAAAAUCCAGAGAGAUGCCCUGAUUGCAUGUAGGAAGGAAGGCGGUGAUCUCGCAAGUGUCCACAGCAUUGAGGAAUUUGACUUUAUUUUCUCCCAGCUAGGAUAUGAGUCAAGUGAUGAGCUGUGGAUUGGCUUAAAUGACAUCAAGAUUCAAAUGUACUUUGAGUGGAGUGAUGGGACCCCUGUAACAUUCACCAAAUGGCUUCGUGGAGAGCCAAGCCAUGAGAACAACCGGCAGGAGGACUGUGUUGUGAUGAAAGGCAAGGAUGGGUACUGGGCAGAUCGAGCCUGCGAGCGGCCUCUGGACUACAUCUGUAAGAUGAAAUCACAAAUCCAAGGUUCAGGAAUAGUGGAAGCUGAACAAGGCUGCCGGAAAGGCUGGAAAAGAUAUGGGUAUUACUGCUACUUGAUUGGACACACGAUGUCAACAUUUACGGAAGCAAAUGAAACCUGUAAAAAUGAGAAGGCUUACUUAACAACUAUUGAAGACAGAUACGAACAAGCAUUCCUGACUAGUUUGGUUGGAUUAAGGCCUGAGAAAUAUUUUUGGACAGGACUUUCAGAUAUACAAAACAAAGGGACCUUUCAGUGGACCAUUGAAGAAGAUGUUCAGUUUACCCACUGGAAUUCAGAUAUGCCAGGGCGAAAGGCUGGGUGUGUUGCCAUGAGAACCGGGAUGGCAGGGGGCUUAUGGGAUGUUUUGAAGUGUGAUGAAAAGACUAAAUUUGUGUGUAAACACUGGGCGGAAGGAGUGACCCGGCCACCGGAGCCCACAACGACUCCCGAACCCAAAUGUCCAGAAAACUGGGGUACCUCGAGUAAAACUAGCUUGUGUUACAAGCUGUAUGCAAAAGGAAAACAUGAGAAGAAAACAUGGUUUGAAUCUCGAGAUUUUUGCAAAGCUCUGGGUGGAGAUCUGGCUACGAUCAAUAAUAAAGAGGAACAGCAGGUGAUAUGGCGAUUGGUAACGACAAGUGGAAGCUACCAUGAACUGUUUUGGUUGGGCCUGACAUAUGGAAGCCCUUCAGAGGGCUUUACUUGGAGUGAUGGUUCUCCUGUUUCAUAUGAAAACUGGGCUUAUGGAGAACCUAAUAAUUAUCAGAAUGUUGAAUACUGUGGUGAGUUGAAAGGUGACCCCAGUAUGUCCUGGAAUGAUAUUAACUGUGAACACCUUAACAACUGGAUUUGCCAGAUAAAAAAAGGACAGACACCAAAGCCCGAGCCAACACCCGCUCCUCAAGACAAUCCAGCAGUGACUGAAGAUGGCUGGGUUAUUUACAAAGACUACCAGUAUUAUUUCAGCAAAGAGAAGGACACCAUGGACAAUGCACGAGCCUUUUGCAAGAGGAAUUUUGGUGAUCUUGUUUCUAUUCGAAGUGAAAGUGAAAAGAAGUUCCUAUGGAAAUAUGUAAACAAGAAUGAUGCACAGGGAGCAUAUUUUAUUGGUUUGUUGAUCAGCUUGGAUAAAAAGUUUAUUUGGAUGGAUGGAAGCAAAGUGGAUUAUGUGUCUUGGGCCACGGGUGAACCCAAUUUUGCAAAUGAGGAUGAAAACUGUGUGACCAUGUAUUCAAAUUCAGGGUUUUGGAAUGAUAUUAACUGUGGUUAUCCUAAUGCCUUCAUUUGCCAACGGCACAACAGCAGUGUCAACGUCACAGUUAUGCCCACCACGCCCCCCGUGCCAUCAGGUUGUAAGGAAGGCUGGAAUUUUUACAAUAACAAGUGUUUCAAAAUCUUUGGAUUUGCUGCAGAAGAAAGAAAAAAAUGGCAGGAGGCACGAAAAGCUUGCAUUGGAUUUGGAGGAAAUCUGGCCACCAUACAAAAUGAAAAGGAGCAAGCCUUCCUUACCUAUCAUAUGAAAGACUCCACGUUUAAUGCCUGGAUCGGGCUGAAUGAUGUCAACUCAGAACACACGUUCCUCUGGACAGAUGGCCGAGGGGUUCAUUAUACCAACUGGGGGAAGGGUUACCCUGGGGGAAGAAGAAGCAGUCUUUCUUAUGAAGAUGCUGACUGUGUGGUUAUUAUUGGGGGCAAAUCCAAUGAGGCAGGGAAGUGGAUGGACGACGUCUGUGACAGCAAGCGCGGCUACAUGUGCCAGACGCCUCCUGACCCGGCCUUGCCUAAUUCUCCAGCAACAGUUCCAACAGAUGGCUUUAUUAAAUAUGGUGAAAGCAGCUAUUCACUCAUGAAAUUUAAAGUGCAGUGGCAUGAAGCUGAGGAAUACUGCAGGGCUCACAAUUCCCUCAUUGCAAGCAUUCUGGAUCCCUAUAGCAACGCAUUUGUGUGGAUGCAAAUGCAAACACUUAAGGAGGGGGUGUGGAUUGCCCUCAACAGUAACUUGACCAAUAAUGAGUACACUUGGACAGAUAAGUGGAGGGUGAGGUACACUAAUUGGGCUGCUGAUGAGCCCAAACUGAAAUCAGCCUGCGUCUAUCUGGAUCUUGAUGGCUUCUGGAAGACGACUCCUUGCAAUGAAAGUUUUCAUUUUGUCUGCAAAAAAUCAGAUGUGGUCCCUGCCACGGAGCCUCCACAGCUGCCCGGCAGGUGCCCAGAGUCACAGCACACGGCCUGGAUUCCGUUCCAUGCUCACUGCUACUACAUUGAAUCCUCAUAUACCAGGAACUGGGGCCAAGCUUCUCUGGAGUGUCUUAGGAUGGGCUCUACUCUGGUUUCCAUCGAAAGUGCCGCUGAAUCCAGUUUUCUGUCAUAUCGGCUUGAGCCACUUAAAAGUAAAACCAAUUUUUGGACAGGAUUGUACAGAAAUGUUGAAGGGAUGUGGCUUUGGGUAAACAACAAUCCACUUGCCUUUGUCAACUGGAACACAGGCGAUCCCUCUGGUGAAGGAAAUGAUUGUGUAGCUGUACAAGCAUCUUCUGGGUUUUGGAAUAAUAUUCACUGUUCUUCCUACAAAGGAUAUAUUUGUAAGAGACCAAAAAUUGUUGAUGUCGAACCUACUCCUACAUUAAUUACAACAAAAGCUGACUCAAGGAAGAUGGAGCCUUCCAAACCAUCUUCCAACGUAGCAGGAGUAGUUGUCAUUGUCAUCCUCCUCAUUUUGACCGGUGCUGGCCUUGCUGCCUAUUUCUUUUAUAAGAAAAGACGUGUGCACCUACCUCAAGAGGGCGCCUUCGAAAACACUCUCUAUUUUAACAGUCAGUCAAGUUCCGGAAUUAGUGAUACAAAAGAUCUGAUGGGCAACAUUGAACAGAAUGAACACGCAAUCAUCUAGAAUCACCGUGUGGUCUUGGUAUGAUUGAAUCUCAUUAAGUUGUAACUAAAAUUUUUUAAUUCAAUGUGAUUGUUUCCUUUAAAAUUAAUUAUGUGUUGUACUGGCCUGUCCUUUUCCUUUGCCUCAUGGAAGAAAUAGUUGUUCGUUUUCUAGCCUGGCAAGAUAUUUUCACAAAGAGGGAUAAUAAUGUUGAUUACCACUUAAAAAAAAAUCAUAGGCGAAUCUAUAGCACUACAAUGCCAACAUUUAGGUAUCACUGCCAUGUAGCUAGGAUCAAUUUCAUGUAGAUUACAAGAGCUCUAGAAACAACCAGUGAAGCCUCUUGAAAUAUUUUAAGGGGCUCCAAAAAAUAUGUUACCUACUGAAAUGUGUUUCAGAAGGCCAUUUGAAAAUUAAGCAUAAGUAACCUCAGGUGGUAUAAAAAAUUAGUCAGCUUUCUCUCUGACCCAUCUUGAUUUCCACUCGAUGAUUUAGAAUUGUAUUCUAGACGUGCAGCAGAAUAAGGCAGCCAAGAAUCUGGUUUUCCCCAAGCAGAAUUUUAUAGACUAAACAUUGCAAAUGUGUUCUUUGUCCCCUUAUAUGUAUAUCAGGAUACAAAGGUGUGAAAUAAAAUGUAAAUUUGCAUAACUGGAUGUACUUAGAUAAUGUGAAAUAAACAUUAAAGACAAGGUCUAUUUUUAAUA